UUGCGUAUUGGGUCCACUGGUUUCUCUCAAAAGACAUGUUUUUCGUAUAAUGCAUUUUUACUCCAAAUUCAGUCUCUUUCCUUUUCAACGAAUUUCGUGUCGACCUCUCUUCUUAGUUCUUCCUAUUCAAGCAUACAUCCAAUUCCUUUUCGAAAUAGCACAAUAUUUACGUCUUUACCAAGUGAUGUAAUCUGGGAAGGUGUUACAGGUCCAAAAGGCAGCACUAAAAAGAGAGCUCGUGGUAAACGGCGUGUUACUCGUCCGAAGAUUGAUCUUAAUCGUGGUCAACGUCUUGGUGGCAAUCGGGAGGGUUAUUUGUGGCCAGGAUUGAAUGCUCCUCUUUUUAGCAAGGACAUCUUACAGAAAGUUCAAAAAGGCGAUAUAAAUGAAGCAUACCUAAAUAAGCUUGAGGAAUUGAGAAAUAAAUCAGCCGUUAAAAAGAAGAGAGUUAAGCUACCACCACUUCUUCGUGGUUGGACUGGGGCCAGUAUGGGUGGACAAUCUUUGGGUCCAUUAGAAUCCGGGUCUCCGGGGUUCGACACCCGUGUUCUAGAACUGAAAAGUGUUUCAACAAUGACUGCGACUGUCGGUCGUUAUCGACGCUUUUCCGCUUUGGUCGUCGCUGGCAACGGUCAAGGCGUUUGUGGUGUUGGCAAAGCCCGCUCUGUCACGAUGAGAGCCGCGCUGAAACGUGCAAAGAAUCGUGCUUUCCUCAAUUUAAUCUCCUUCAAUCUUAAAGAAGGCCGUACUCUUUGGCACCUUGGUCAUGUUCGGGAAUGGCACACUACAAUAUACGCAACACCGAAGCCCGAAGGCUACGGUUUGGUCUGCCAUCGAGCGAUCAAGACGCUUUGCAAUCUUAUUGGAAUCAAGGAUUUGCAUGCGAAAGUGGAAGGAAACACCAAAAACUACCUCUCGAUUGUGCGAGGUUUCUUGAGACUAUUGAAUGAGCAGGAAAGUUACGAGGAUGUCUCUAAUCGCCUCGAAAUGCAUGUUGUCGAGUUCAGCAAAGAUUUCAACAACGUCCCACGAGUUCUCGCCUCUCCCUGUUCUGGAGUAACCGAUGAAGUAGCCAAAUACAAAGGACUCAAGUCUGAUCCCCUUUUGCCUUCCCGAGCUCCACCACCUGCCCCUAAAGUAAGCAAUCGAUUCAAAACAGACCUACCCACUCUGCAUGCGUUUUGGAAAGAAGCCGAAUCGAGAGGAGAGCGUCCACCUCUGCAGAUCACUAAUCCUGCCUACCCCACUCCUCAUGUCAAACCAGAUCCUGAAUUCGACCCUAUGGACUAUCUUGAAGAUGACGUGGAGGAGAUGGAAGAGGAUGUGAAGAAAUUGCUGCAAAGUGGAGAGAGGGAUCUGGACACUAUCAUUACUUUGAAAGGUCUUGUGCCAAAUAUUAAAAAGAACCCCCUUCCGGCAUAUCUUAAUUCACCAGGAGUACUUAAACGAGCUGCGGAAAGAUAUCGGUACAGAAAUCAGGUUGCAGCGAAUAGAGAACGUAUCAUCUGCGCAAAACUUGAUGAAAUGUAG